AUGAGACUGACGUUUGGGAUGUUGCCUAUCAAGGAGAACGCUUGUGCCUCUCUGUCUAGUGUCACUCUUGCUCUGUGUCUUCUCACCCUGUUUCUGGUGGCCGUUAGGGGCCGAAAGAGCCACCACAACAAUUCCCAAUUGGACUACACAAAAUAUCCCCCUCUUCCCGGGCCCACGCCGUGGCCCCUUGUUGGCAAUCUGCUCCAGAUGGGAGACCAGAUUCAUCUUUCUCUAACCAGCUUGAGGCUCCAGUACGGUGAUGUUUUCCAGAUGCGUCUGGGCUCUUUAACUGUUGUCGUCCUGAGUGGAUACACUACUAUCAGACAAGCACUGGUUCGGCAGGGAGAAGCUUUUGCCGGGCGACCUGAUCUAUUCACUUUUUCUGCCGUAGCCAAUGGGACCAGUAUGACCUUCAGUGAGAAGUAUGGACCGGCCUGGAUGCUCCAUAAGAAGCUGUGUAAGAAUGCCCUCAGGUCUUUCUCCCUGGCUGAGCCCAGAGGGUCCGAGGCCACCUGCCUGCUGGAGGAGCAUGUCUGUGCUGAGGCAGCAGAGAUGGUGGAAGUGAUGCGGGAACAGGCUGCUUCUAAAGGGGAAAUGGAUCACAAUAUAACGGGUAUAGAUCCGGUGGUGCCCCUGGUAACCUCAGUGGCAAAUGUGGUCUGUGCCCUCUGUUUUGGGAAAAGGUAUGACUACAAUGAUAAGGAGUUCCUCACUAUAGUUCACAUCAACAACGAGGUCCUGAGGAUCUUUGCAGCAGGGAACCUGGCUGAUUUUUUCCCUGUGUUUCGCUACUUUCCGAGUCCAUCUCUGAGGAAGAUGGUCCAGCACAUCCACAGGAUGAACGGAUUCAUGGAGCGCAGCAUCGAGGAACACAUCAACACCUUUGAUAAGAACUGUAUCCGGGACAUUACGGAUGCUCUGAUUGCAAUUUGUGAGGACAGAGAAGAAAAUAAGGAUACAUCUGUGCUCUCCAACUCUCAGGUUAUUCACACUGUCAUAGACAUCUUUGGAGCAGGAUUUGACACCAUCAUUGCUGGUUUACAGUGGAGCCUGUUGUACCUGAUCAAGUAUCCUCACAUCCAGGACAGAAUACACCAGGAGAUAGACGAACACAUUGGCGCAGCCAGACUGCCCAUGUUUUCAGACAAGCCCAAGAUGCCUUUCACGGAGGCGUUCAUAUAUGAAGUGUUUCGCCACGCUUCAUACGUCCCUUUCACCAUUCCUCACUGUACCACAAGAAACAUCACCCUGAAUGGAUACUUCAUUCCCAAAGAUACAUGUGUCUUCAUUAACCAGUAUCAAGUCAAUCAUGAUGUCGAUCUUUGGAUUGACCCAGACACAUUUUGUCCUGAACGCUACUUGGGUUCCUCGGGACUCCUCAACAAGGAGCUGACGGAGAAGGUUCUCAUCUUCGGCAUGGGGAAGAGACGCUGUCUUGGUGAUGGAUUUGCACGUUUGGAGAUGUUUGUGUUUCUCACCACGCUGCUCCACGGGCUGCGGAUUGAAAAUGUUCCAGGUCAGGAGCUGGAUCUCAGCACCGAUUUUGGUCUGACUAUGAAACCGCGUCCAUACAGGAUAACCAUCGCAUCAAGGUUUUAG